AUGUCCUUACCCAACUUUCCCGAUUCUCCCCGUCCGCCUCCAUCGCAUUCACCUAUCAUCUCGGAAUUACCAUCAUACGGUGCAGGAGAUCAUUUGCCAGUAUGGCUAUUAGCGCUAUGUGGAUCCUUCACUGCCGUAGCUACGGGAGUAUCAAUCAUGUCCAUCACACUUCAGUUGAAGAACUAUAGGAAACCGAUGUUACAGAGAGCUGUAGUGAGGAUAAUGGUAAUGGUACCGUUAUAUGCGAUAUCAUCACUUAUAGCUAUAUUCUCAUUGGAAGCGGCUUUCUUCAUCGAUGCUAUCAGAGAUCUAUAUGAGGCAUUCGUGAUAUACACUUUCCUCCAACUCCUAAUCACCUACUUGGGUGGUGAACGAUCCCUUCUCAUACUGUUGCACGGUCGACCACCUAUCCCACAUCCAUUCCCUGUUAGCCUCUUCCUUCGUCCGAUGGACGUUAGUGAUCCGUGGUCAUUGUUAAGUCUGAAAAGGGGUGUUUUGCAAUACGUUCAAGUCAAACCAUUGCUCGUCCUAGCCACUAUCAUCCUCAAACUCACAGGCAAAUAUAGAGAAGGUGAUUUCGCGAUUGAUUCGGGAUAUACAUAUAUCAGUAUAGUCUAUAAUACCAGUAUCUGUCUGAGUUUAUACUGCCUAGCCAUGUUUUGGGUAGCUGUCAACAACGAUUUGAAGCCUUUCAGACCCGUCCCCAAAUUCCUCUGCGUGAAGGGGAUAUUAUUCUUCUCUUUCUGGCAGUCUAUCGGAAUAUCUUUCUUGGUCGCUGUAAAGGCUAUCAGAAGAGUCGGCCCUUAUACCGAUCCUGAGCAUAUGUCCCUUGCCCUGGUAGAUUCUCUAGUCUGCUUUGAGAUGCCUAUCUUCGCUAUUGCUCAUCAAUACGCUUUCCAAGCUAGCGAUUAUAUCGAUCAACAUCAUAUUUACGCUGCCCGACUACCGUUCAUCUACGCUUUCCGUGAUGCAUUCGGCUUCAAAGACGUAUGGGAAGAUACUAAAGACACGUUCAAAGGUCGAGGGGUGUCCUAUCAGGCUUACGAACCUGCCGAGGGCGGAUUACACUAUGGUCUAGGUCGACAACGACGUAUACGAGCGGGACUCAGAUAUUCCAAAGGUGGAAAAGCGAAAUAUUGGAUGCCUAUGCCAGGGGAUGAAGCUCGGAACAAAGGUGAAACCGGACCUUUGUCUGCUCUCAAGCGUCGAGUCGAUGUGAGACUAGCUGCUAGAGAGGGAUACGCGCCUUUAUUGCCUCAACAGGCAGCCAGAGUCGUAAGGGAUGAUCCGAAUGGCGUACAUGAAGGUACAUUUGGAGGAAUAUUCGAUAGUGACUCUUCCGAUUCGGACGCUCCUUCCAUUUCGUUCCACUCGGUCGACGAAGACGAAGAUACGCUUUACGAGAGAGCACGAAGGAUUGGAUAUGCUGGAUUUCCCAAUGUGGACGUGUCAAAGGAAGAGAAACAAAAAAGGUUGUGGGAAGCCGAAGAAGGUAUCUUGGCUGGGAAGUGGAAUAGAUCAUACAGUAACGAUUUACUCAGACCGCCUAUAGGCGAUAGAGGUACUUCGGCAAGUUCUUCGGGAAGCAGGCGGAGUGAUAAGAGUCGAGGCAAGGGCAAGGGCAAGAACGAUAAGGGCAAGGGCAAGAAGGCCGUUUAUGGUGCAUGGGCAGAUAAAGUCACUCAAGUUGAUCGUCAGCCUCAUACACCCAACGGCCAUUCAACGAACCCAUCAGGAGAAGGGGAUUGGCUGUACGAUGGUGAUAACGAAAGACCUGAUGCAUGGCAUCAUCCAUCAAAUAACGCACACGAGGUAAAGAAGGGAGAAAAUCAGAAUCAACUGCGUUGGACUAGGAAACAAUUACAUAAAAUCAAAGAAGUAUCCGAUUCACUCAAAUUACCUCAUCAAGAUAACAACAACAACGACACUAGCAAAUCACCGUUUUCUCUAGGUGAAGACGAAAGUUCAGAAUCAGAGAUAGAUACGGACGAUUCAGUCUCCCCUGCAUCGUCAUCGAAGCCAUUACCUUCCGAUGCGGUCGACCUUGUGAAAGAUGAUUUGAAUGCUGUGGAAAAAGCAAGAGAGAGGGAGAUACGUCGGGGUGAACCCCAAACUAAAGCCCCGACGCAUGUGUACAAGAAGACUUUGAGGGAAUCGAAUGAGCGAAAAGGAGAAGGAAGGAUAGAAGGUAUAGAAAGAGUUUAUACCUCACAUGAUGACUUACCUUCAUCGUCGACGGAAGAGAAUGGCAAUGGCGGUGGAAAUGAUAGCGAGGUGGUGGAAAGAAUCGAAACUUCAAUAGCGAUUAGUCCGCCGAAACAUGCCAUGAGUCUAGAUAUGGAAGAUAAUCCAUGGGCAUGA